CGCCGCGCGCGCGGCCUGCUGGGAGGGCGCUGACGUCAUUCGUGGUGCGUUGGAAGCGGCGCUGCCGGACGGCGCCGCGCGGCGAGAUGUCGUGCCCAGAGGAACUGGCUGCCCUGGCAGAUGAGGACCUGCUUGACUUUCUCCUGAAGGAUGAUAUUCCCUGCACUGAAGUCCCAAGAGAGGAGAGCAGCCUGCUGGAAGACUGGGGCCUGCCAGAGCCUGAGCUUCUGAACAACAAGGAGAUGGAUGACUUCAUCAGCUCCCUGCUGAGCCCCUUUGUAGAUGAACCAGGCACGCUGCAGGGUUACUCACCUGCUGACAGUGACAGUGGCAUUUCUGAGGACCAAAAUUUGUCCCAUAGCCCUGGCAGUGACUUUGCCAGCAGCCCUCGGAGCUCAGACAUUGUGCAGUUUGAUCACAAUUACUCCCUUCAUCAGGAUGGGCCUGUGCUGGAAAGUGUGAGGUCUGAGGUGGCAGAAGGAGAUGUUUCCAUUGACCUUGAGAUGUGGACAGGUUUGGAAAGCCCAACUGAGGCACUGGAACAGAACUUCAGUUUUCCUACUGCUGUCGCCGUGGAUGCUGGACCCCAGUAUAUGCCUGGAGCCACCAUGCAGUUCGACUUCCCAGAGUUGAUUCUGACGGAGGAGGAGAGGCAGCUCCUGGAGAAAGAAGGUGUUUCAUUACCAACCAGCAUGCCGCUGACCAAAGCUGAAGAGCGGCUUCUGAAGAAAGUGCGACGGAAGAUCCGGAACAAGCAGUCAGCCCAGGAUAGUCGUCGCAGGAAGAAGAUCUACGUGGAUGGCCUGGAAAACAGGGUGGCAACCUGCACAGCUCAGAACCAUGAGCUCCAGAAGAAGGUGCAGCUGCUGCAGAAGCAGAACAUGUCGUUGCUUGAGCAGCUGCGGAAACUUCAGGCCCUGGUGAGGCAGUCCACAACCAAAACUACCACAGCAAGCACCUGCAUUAUGGUCCUGGUUCUGUCCUUCUGCCUCAUUCUCUCCCCCAGCCUCUAUUCAUUUGGGAGCAGAGGGCCACAGCCAGAGCUCAGAGUGCUGUCACGGCAGAUCCGCGAGUUCCCAAGCCAGGUUUGGCAGGCAGCACCUGAUGUGCAGGAGGAAACUGUGCUGGAGAAGCUUAGUCCAGAGCCUGAAGAUGCCUCGCUGUUGGGCAGCCUCAAUCAGUCACGGGAAGAGGGGCAGAGUCCACCCAAGCCUGAUCCCAGGUCCGCUUUCAACAGCAACUCAUCCUCUGACCCUCCAGUGGCAGCCAGCUCUGAGCUGGGUCCUCUGCAGCCCCAGGACCAGCGCUCUGGGAGCGAUGCUUUGCGCUCAGCGGUGACAGCGGCUUGGGAAGCCAAGAGGCAGGAGUGGGUGGAACGCACUGCCAGCAUUGUCAUCCAGCAGCACCGUGUGGAUGAGAUGUGACCACCAUCUCAUCUUGCUUGUCAGGGUGGUGCUGGGAGCCCUGUUGAGAAGGGACAAGCAGAACUGUGUUAACAGAUAAUCUAUCAAAGCAAAUGCUUUUAAAUACUCUCCUGAUAGCUGGCGGCUCAGAGGGUUUACCGGGGAGGAAUCAUUUUAGAGGUGACCUGUUCGUACACUCUGCCCCAUAUAUCCGUAACAGGACCCUAUCAGGGAUGAGGUAGGAAACUCUGGGAGCUUUGUUUCCUGCUGUGGCUGUUGACAUGGUCUGUAGCCCUCAGUGAGUGCCGUGGCUCGCUACGGAAGGGCUGAGGUGUGAGGGUGAGGGCACUCGGGUGCCUGAGGGGCCCGAUACCUGCUCUGUCUGGAGGCAGGUGGUGACAAGUGCCCCGUCCCACUUCUCCCCUGCCCAGAUGGAGUUGAACAGGCUGAGUCCUGUACUUCUCACUGUGUGUGGCAGCCACAAGCAUCCCUUUAACCCCACACUGUUGUCUGAUUUCUGGGUGUGAGAUGGCGAGCUGGAUGCUGACUUGCGGUGCCCUUAAAGGGAGUGGUCCUGCCAUUGCACCAGGCCGUGCAUUUCCCCCUGUUCCUGCUAGCUGUUGAGCCCUGGCACAGCUCUUGGUCUGACUAGAGAAGGUGGUGUGGAGUCCUUCCCCAGCCGUGCAUGCUGUCUGCCAUCCAGCUUUCUGGGGCCUAGCCUUUCCCCUCCCACAAACCUGAGAGCAGGACUUCAGUGUCGCAGGGAGAAGGGGCAUGCCUCGUACCAGACUACCAAAGCAGGAGCAGCACAGAGCAGCAGAGCUGCUUGCUUUUCUGAAGGCUUUCUGUAUGCAGGCCGGUUUCAAAGCCGUGUCCUCAUGUGCCUGUGCUGGCCAGGGAGGCAGUCAGCUGGCUGUGAUUGCUCUCUGCAAGGCUGAGCGGAAACACUUUGCACUCCAGGAAAGACCAGCUCAGCUUAGCAGUACUGGUGGAGCAUCUCUCCUUGUCCUACAUCAGUUCUAAGCUAGUGAAGACAUUUCCAUAUUAAUUAUGUGUAAAUAAAGCAUGCCCUCUGCGCA